AUGCAGGACCCCGAAGACACAGUGCUCGCCCACAGCCUCUACGACCCCCACUUGGAGCCUCAGGAAGCUGAUGGAGAACUUGAAGACUCUUCAAUGUUGCCUUUUAAAGGAGUGGGAUUUGAAGUGGAGAAGAGGGACCAGAGAGCAGCAGCUGUUGAAGAGGCCGCAGCAGCAGCAGCAGCAGCAGCAGCUGCUGCUGCUGCUGCUGCUGAACAAGAAGACGAGGAGUCUUUCGCAGAAGCUGAAAGCGAAGGAGAACAGCAGCAGCAGCAGCAGCAGCAGCGGCUGCGCUGCACUGGUUCAAGAGCGCGGGCGGCGCGGCCGCUGCUGCUGCGGGUGGGGAGCUUCGGAAUUGGAAUUAAAGUUCCGAGUUGGGAGCAAUUUGCAGUUUGCGAGGAUUUGGGUGGGAAGAGGCGGCUGGCGGCGCGGGACGGGGCUGCAGCAGCAGCAGCAGCAGCAGCAGCAGCAGCAGCAGCAGCAGCAACGGCAGCCUCGUGCGGCAGGGCUGGCAAAGGCAGCUCGAUCCUUUCCCCCUCAGCAGAGGCCAAAUGGCGCGGCGAAGGGGACUUUGAGGGCCUGCAGUGUCUGAAAGAGGAGGAUUAA